AUGGCCAGAAAAGUUGAUAUAGGGAGAAUCUCGCAUAUAUGGAACAUCAUGAGUACUCAAAGAAAAUUUAGUAUGAUGCAGGUUUAUGAAGUUCUGAUCGAGGACAGAAAUAGGGUCGACUGGUACCAUAUGAUGACUCACAACUUUGCUAGACCGAGAGCCAAAGUGAUUAUGUGGCUAGUAUGUCAAGAUAGACUGCCAACCAAGACAAGUUUAAAGCACUUUGGGCUGCUGCAACACACCAAUUGUGAGUUCUGCAAUGAGGAAGAAGAAGAUCUCGAACACUUGAUGUUCAAUUGCAAAGAAACCACUAGUAUAUGGCAAAUGAUUCUGAGCUGGCCAGAAAUAAAGGAGAAUAGGAAAAUUGAUCUUAAUUGGAUCAAGAGGAAAACUAAGGGGAAAGGCUGGAAAAUGGGACCGCUUAAAGCUACCAUAGCUGAAGUGUUCUACGGUAUAUGA